CAUGCUUUUGCGGCACAGUCGAUAGCGCGCCGAACUUCGGGCUUGAAGGUCGAGGGUUCGAGACCUGCUCCCUGCCUGCUGUUUUCAUUACAGUAUGUUGAUGUCGUAAUCGAUCGAACGCGAUGAACUAACAAAUGUUUUUGAAAUUAAACAAAAUAUAGAUUUAAACAGUGCCACAAAAACGUUUAUUCAUAUAUAACUGUUCGCUAUAGAGCUCAGCUGACUACUGAAUAUGGAGAAACCCUGGGUGAAAGAAUUGAAAUGGGUACUAGAGGAUUUGAAGGAUGACCCUAGGAAAGAUGUCUAUCGACCAAGCAGCAGGACCAAAGUUAAGAAAAUUUACAUAACUGCUGAUAAUCAAGAGUAUCUGAAGGUUAAGAAGAGAACCAAACAAAAGUCAGAGAAGUCCUAUUCCCACUCCUCCAGAAGCAGGGCAGUGAUGACCCCAGUUGUCCCUAUAGCUCUGGGGGAGCUGGAGUCCCCUGGGACCAGUGAUGAUGAGGAGGCCACAGACCGGAAGGAGAGGGUCUCCAGUGCCAGGGAACGCCAUGAGCAAGCCAGAGCCAUGAUGGACACAUUCACUGAAAAGUUCCACUCUAUCGCAGAGGAUCUCGAAGAGAUGAAGAUUCCCAGGAAGAGCUCCACUCGACUGCGUUCAUCAUGCUCCCAGUCUGCCAAUGAGGAUGGAUCCCCCCUGGCCUCUACCCAAUCAGAUAAGGCCCUGAGGCGAGACUGGUCGCGACAUAUGAUUACAGCCGGAGAGGCCGGUGGUGACAUCAUUCGAACAUCUUCAUCAGCGUCAUUAUUAUCUUUGCCAACCAUUUAUGAGGUCGUCAAGGGGAGCAGUGAGUCCAAACCUGAUGUCUCCGGAGAUGAUGUCAAAAAGAGCAAUAAGUCCAAAUGUAAAGUCAGGCAAGGCUUUCGCAAUUUCACCAAGGCUCUGACUGGACUGUUGCGUACAAAAGAUGGCCAUACUGGAGAUGGAGGGAUUGCGCGAAGUGUGACCCCAUCCAAUGACACACUCAACAUGGUUAUGGUUCCUCCACAUCCACUCACUAACUGGCAUUUGUGAGCUACAUUCAGACAAAAAGGCAACCGCAUUUGUAUGGAUAAUAUUUAGCAGAGGAUAUGUUUCUCUUAUAAAAAGGAUACAAAUGAAUAAUACAACUGUUCUGUUGGGAGUAGCGAUGUGUGGGUGGAAUCACUGGGGAAGCCAGAAAAAAAGACAUAUUACAACCUAUGUGUUGUGAUAAUUGCGUUGUCUGCUCUAUAAAUCCUGUUAGUUCAUAUGCAUUGCGACCGUGAUAUACAGCUCUGUAAAGAAAUUAAGAGACCACUGCAAAAUGAUCGGUUUCUCUGGUUUAACUAUUUAUAUGUAUGUGUUUGGGUAAAAUUUACAUUUUUGUUUUAUUCU